ACUAGCUUCUACCAUAUUACAGAGAAUCAGCUGACUUAUCCGACUGGAGCGGCUUCCGCCUUUGUCACAGUGCGCUCCUUCUAACGAGUGCGUCACGUCCUGUGCUCUCUCAUCGGUAAUCACCGGCUUAAGCGGGUUGCCUUUGGCUGGGUUGUCCUGUGACAGCGUGUGUUUCUAGGACCAGACUCGCUCGCUUUAACUCUCAUUUCCGCUUCGGGACCAUGGCUGAGUUUGACGUGUUCGGCUCUGUAGGUAACGGGGUAUCGGCUGAAGAGGACCCAGCCGCCGCUUUCCUGGCACAGCAGGAGAGUGAAAUUGCCGGCAUUGAAAAUGACGAAGGUUUUAGCAUCCUAGACAGUGGGGAGCUACCAAUGUCACUACAAGCAGGGGAUGGGGCCUCAGAUACUGUUAUGAAUGGGGACUUUUAUCAGGAGACAAAUGGACCAACAGAUGGCUAUGCAGCCAUUUCACACGCUGACCGCCUACAAGCUGAGCCAGAGAGCAUUCGCAAGUGGAGGGAAGAGCAGAGAAGCCGUCUAGAAAUGUUAGAUGCAAACUCGAAAAAGCAAGAGUCUGAAUGGAAGGAGAAAGCCAGCAAGGAACUGGAGGAGUGGUAUGCCAGGCAGGAUGAACUGUUACAGAAGACUAAAGCAAACAAUCGAGUGGCAGAUGAAGCUUUCUACAAACAACCCUUCGCUGACGUGAUUGGUUAUGUCACAAACAUAAAUCAUCCUUGCUACAGCCUAGAACAGGCUGCUGAAGAGGCUUUCGUGAGUGAUGUUGAAGAGACCAGCCCAGGGACAGAAUGGGAGCGCGUUGCUCGUCUAUGUGACUUCAACCCCAAGUCCAGUAAACAGACGAAAGACGUUUCCCGCAUGCGCUCCGUUUUGAUCACCCUUAAGCAGUCUCCAUUGGUUCACUGAAAAUAAAGCACAAAAACACCCUUUCAGCAUUUUAAUCUUUACUCAGAGAGCCUCUGUUUGCAAAAUCUGGUUAUAUUUUACUUCUGUACAGGGACCAAACCUUCCUAAUGUACUUGGCAUUGAGCAUUGUUUGUAACUUGCUGUCUUCCCCCUUUUCCUCCCAUGUACCUAGAAAUGAAAUAUGUAAGGGAACCCCACCACCCUUGUGGUCUUUGUGCUUCUAUGUAAACAGAAUUAUUGUCAUAUUAAAGUUCUAUCAACUGUUA